AUGAUAAUCAUAACGACUAUUUUACUUCAGGAAAUGUUUACAGAGACGUUACCGCUGAACCAGCGACUCCGUGCAAUGAAAAAUAUAAGUGGACCACAAACUACAACUUUAUUGGACCGCAUUAAGGGUCAAUUUGAAAUAUCAACCGCAAAAUCUGCCAACAAAACUGGGUCUACAGGAAGUCAAAAAAAGAAGUUUUGUUGUAAAACUCGAUUGCAAAGUACUAUUGAUUAUGCUACUCCUUGUAAUUCUGUAACAGAAAAUGUGAAUAAACUUAAGCUGGAAAAGUUUGAUGAAACGAAAGUUAUUGAACCGGCACCAACCACGAGUACAGUUGCUCCAAAAGUAACACAAGUAACAAAUGCUACCGAAAAAUCUACGGUAAAAUCAAAAUGCACGGAUCUUGCUACAUGUCGUGAAUAUCAAUGGAAAAAAUGA